AUGUCGAAGAAGCUUGCAAUCAUUACUGGGGCCGCCUCCGGCUUGGGACUCGCCCUGACCAAGCACUUGCUUUCUCAAAAUUGGCGAGUCUGCAUGGCAGAUACCAAUGCAACCAUUGGCGAUCAACUUGCUUCAGAGCUCGGAGACGAUGUUCUAUUUAUUCCAACCGACGUGUCCAUCUACUCACAACAAGCCAAUCUCUUCGCUAAGGCGUUUGAGUUUGGGGGUCAACGACUUGAUUUUGCAGCCCUCAACGCCGGCAUCGAUGACAAACAAAGCCUCUACUCCACUAAAGAGGAAUUAGAUGAGCGAGGGGGGCCGAAGGAGUUGAAUCUGGUGACGUUGAAGGUUGAUCUAGAUGCUGUGGUGCAGGGUAUAUGGCUGUUCAAGUAUUAUGCGAGAAGAAAUGCAGACAAAAAAGGAGGGAAGAUCGUUAUCACCUCUUCGGCUGCUGGGUUGUAUCCUAUGGAUACAAAUCCCUUGUACACGGCAGCAAAGCAUGCACUAGUGGGACUCACAAGAGCUUGCGGACCUCGCUUUAUGGCCGAGGACUCUAUCACAGUAAAUUGCAUUUGCCCUGCUUUUGUGCCUACCGGAUUAUGCCCGCCGCAUGUGCUCCAUCUGUUCCCGAAAGAGCACAUAACACCAAUGAGUACCGUACUUAGAGCUCAUGACACUUUCCUUGCGGAUGAUACCAUGUCGGGGAAAGUUGUAGAGCUUAGUUUGGACCAGCUCUAUUACCGGGAGCAGCCAGAUUGGGCCAACGACUCGCAGCGGUGGCUGGGGACUGAGUCUAAAUCCCUGUGGGAUGAGGCGUAUUUAUCAGGAUCAUAA